AUGGAUAAACUGACCAUCAUCUCAGGAUGUCUCUUUCUGGCCGCCGACAUCUUCGCCAUCGCCAGCAUCGCCAACCCCGACUGGAUCAACACCGGGGAGUCCGCGGGAGCCCUCACUGUGGGUCUUGUACGACAGUGUCAAACGAUCCAUGGACGAGACCGGACAUGUAUCCCUCCCCGGCUUCCCCCAGAGUGGGUCACCACGCUGUUUUUUAUCAUCAUGGGAAUCAUUUCAUUGACUGUCACUUGUGGUUUGCUGGUGGCUUCCCACUGGCGAAGAGAAGCUACAAAAUAUGCUCGAUGGAUAGCAUUCACUGGAAUGAUCCUUUUCUGUAUGGCUGCCCUAAUAUUUCCAAUAGGAUUUUACAUCAAUGAAGUCGGAGGCCAACCUUAUAAAUUACCCAACAACACAGUAGUUGGGUCAUCAUAUGUACUUUUUGUCUUAUCAAUUUUCUUUACAAUAGUAGGACUUCUAUUUGCUGGCAAAGUUUGUUUACCGGGCUGAUGAAUGUCUAGAUUGCUUGACUCUCUUAUUAUUUUUUAUUCUAUUUUAUUUUUGUAUUUUUGGAGGGGGGAAGGACAAAGUCAAGACAUCUGAGCAGUCCUCUCAUAGGAAGAUGCUUCAGAUGCUUCGAAUGCUUCGAUGAAGCUGAUGCUGAAAAGAAAAAUAUGCUUUGAUUUGUUCUCACUAUGCACUUUGGAUUUUAAAAAAAAGAGAGAGCCUUUUCCAUAACCAAAUACAGACAAUAUUGACUAAAUCUCCUGAGCAUAUUCAGGCAGUCAGGUCUGCACUGUGAUAGCAACCUAGUGAAGGAGAAUGCUUUAUCCUGAAAAGCAUGUGGCCCUUUGUGACUCUGUUAUUCAAUUUUUAAAGUCUAAUGAUUCAUUUGUGGGGGGUGGGGGUGUGGAGUCUAAAUAAUUAUGAGUCAUGGUGGACCACAAGGAUGCAAGAGAAGUUCAUGUGGGGCUGGCCUCACCUCCUAAGAAAUUAGUGUUCACAACUUCCUUGUGAUGGUAUAACCCGUUAGCACUGCACCAAGAAGCCAAUAGAUCAAAACUCGUUUGCUAAAAUGUAUGUAAAAACUCUGAAAUUCCUUAUUCUCUGUGUACAAAAAAAAAAGAAAUCAAACACUAAGAGACCUGUUUUUUGGGGUGGGUGGGGGAAAUCUUCCUUAUAUUUAUAUAAAUAUAUAUAAUAUAUAUAUUUUGCUGAUGCAGUAUACAGUGUGUAUAUAUGUGUGUGUGUGUGCGUGUGUGUGUGUAAAUUUAUAUACGCACACGUGCAAACAGUUCCUGGAAGAGAACUCUGAACGCUUUGCUAGCAAAACACUGUGGUGUGCAAACCUAGAACUCAAUAGAAAAAAAGCCAUUUAUCUGAAGGCUGCAUAGUGGAGAGAGUCUUCAGUUUACCUCAUUCUUUGUAGCAGCCCUUGAUUUUAACAGGUUUUUGUAAUAGGUACAAAUAAUUCCAUACCUUUCUAGGUGCAAUUUUAAGUUAAGCUAAAAAUUCUUUGUAGGGUUAAUUUAUUUGUAUAUGACAGUAGAAGGUAAGAUCAUGUCAAACCUUAUAAUUUGGGGAAUCUGACACUGUUUAAACUAUUGGCAAAUGUUGUCUUGUACAGAGAUUCUUUUUUCUACUGGCUUGGCCUGUUAACAUUAAUAAUGCAUUUUAUAUGUUCAAGCACACACCUUUCCAUAAAUAUGAAGUUCACUAGUAAAUAUCUGGCUAUUUGGGCUAUUUACAACACUAAUUUCACUCUGCCAUAAAAGUUAAAUUCAUGUUCUUUUCAUCUGUAAGCAUUAUUAAUACACCUUUACCAAAAACCUGAGCAAUACAGUAUUUCCUUUAUAUGCUAUAUGCCUUCAUUUGCUAAAAGCUAACAUUUUUGCAUUUACUUUUUUUUUUUUUUUUUUGUGGUUGGCUGGUAAAGGGAUCCAAACCCGUGACCUUGGUGUUAUAAGGCUGCACUCUAACCCACUGAGCUAGCCAGCCAGACUUUUGCAUUUACUUUAAAGGGCUGAAACCCACAGCUUUAAGUUUUUUCUUAAAAGGAGCAUUGCAGCUAAUCCUUGAACUCACAAGUAGUUUUAAAAUACAGUGUUUCUCUUCUCCACAUUUCCAUGCCUUCGAGUCAACGCUUAGUUGUUUUUCCUGGAGAACACUAUACAUAAUCUCCUGUUUGAAAUGUAGGACAGGAGGGUGUUUCAUGGCAGUAGAGCCAAGUUUUUCCUCUUUAUAGUGAACAGUAACCCAAAUGUCCCCGUCAAUAGAGUUAGAGUCCCAUGUACCCCAUGCUUCACACAAACAGAAAUGAAUGCACUGUUUUUUAAGAAGUUAGAUUAUAAAUUAUGAUUGAUUACUUUGGAGAUGGGGCUACCUCCUCAGAUAUUGAAAGUAUGAAAUGGAGGAGCUUGAUGAGUUUCACACUGGCUUGUUUGACAUUCAUAUACCUUACUGUUAACUCAGCAGUAUUUUACUGUAAAGAAACACCCCAGUGUUUCAGCUCACUUGGGAGUAGGGGAAGAGCUGGACCACCAUGGCAGUGCAUUCCUUGAGUAUUCUGGGGGCAUGUCAUACUUUACCUUCUGGGGGUAAAAGAAACCUUUGGGAAAUCCCAAGGGAGACUAUUUUUCCCUAAGUAUUAUGAUGUCUAGUCAGUUGUGAGAAUACCACUGGACAUGUUCUAUGGACAUUUGGGAUUGCUUUUCCCAUUGUGAUUUGAUUGGUCCUCAAUCAAAUGGAUCACUUUGAGGAAGAGCUUUGGUUGUCACCAUUAUACCACUGAGAUAAAGUGUUAGCAAAGUAUGGUUCAAAUUAAUUUAUGAUAUGACCAAGAGUUUUUCUCUUCUAAAAGAUGAAUUUUAUUGUAAAUAGUUUCUCAAAAUAUUUUUAACUGGAUCAUGAGCAUGGGGAGAGAAAGUUUCUCAGCUGCUAAGAAUUUCCCCACUGUUUACUUCUUUCACUUACAGUGGUAUUGCAUUUAAGACAAUAAAAUUUAAGGUUUUGUUUGUAUCUAUUACCCAAACCAUUAAAUUGUCUUUAAUUUCAUUAUUGUCUUGGAGGUCCAGUGCAUAAAGGGCUGGUGGGGGGAAUUUCCUCUAGCCAGUCAGCACUGUAACCCAGGAUUAAAACCAUCCCAUCAAGUAGUAUGUGAAAUCAAGUCUUUGUACACUUCCAGACCAAACACUGAAAUGGACUCAUUCAUAGAAAUUUCUAUAAAUCCUGUAAGUGAAAAAAUAGACAACUGUUAGCAGUUGCUUUUUAAAAGGUCACUGUAAUAAGUACUAUAUAGUACAGUAUUAAUUUAUAGCAGGAAAUCCUAUCUUGUAAACUGUAUAUAAAACACUGUUUUAUGGUGCAAUCAUUUGUCACACUUCUGUCUGUUACAUUGUUUUUAGUGUGUGUGCAUUCUUCUCAUACCUAAGAUAUCACUGUAAAACCCACUGAAAACUAUUUUUAGGUUUUAUUUGCACAAGACUGAAUUAGUUUGAAAUUUUGGGAAGCUCCUAUUGAACAUGCCUAACCAUCUGUAAACAAGAAAAAUCUUCAACUCAUUAAAAGCAAACAUUUCAGUAUGAUUCUUUCCAAAGGUAAUCCAUGUUCUAUGUUGUUAAUGUGUAUAUGUAAUUUUUCUGACUC